UGGUUCUAGGCGUUUUACAGACAACAGUGAACACCUGAACAGACACACUGACACAGUCAGAGGAGUCGAUGUUGUUGUUGUUCAGAUUAUCAGUUUCAGUUUUUUCUUUUGAAAUGCAAUAACUUUGUAAAUGUUAAUUGUUAUAUCUCAACUCAUCUCAUUCUUCAUUUGAAAAUCUAGUACUCGUGUAAUUUUAUACUGUAUUACCAAGCGUGAUUUUGUAAUUUUCUGGUGGUAUUUAUUCGAUCGAUUUGAGUACGUAAUUCGUGAUUACUGAUUAGUACAAUAUUUUUUCGUUGGUUGAAUCUCAUCUCAGUGUUUCAACUUUCAUCGUGCAAGCAGAAGGAAACAGAAGGAAGAGAUUCAAGUAUCCGAUAUUUACCCACGAGUAUAAAAAUUUGGUACCAGUACAAAAAUGGGCACUCCAGCUAUCGGUAUAGAUUUGGGUACUACGUACUCGUGCGUUGCUGUAUUACAGCAUGGCCAAAUUGAGAUUAUCGCAAACGAUCAAGGCAACAGAAUAACGCCCAGUUACGUGGCAUUUUCUCCCGAAGAAGGAUUGUUAAUAGGAGAAGCUGCGAAAAAUCAAGUAGCAAGUAAUGUGAAAAAUACCAUUUAUGAUGUUAAACGAUUGAUGGGCCGUAAUUUUCAUGAUACUACUGUUCAGGACGAUAUGAAGCACUGGCCUUUUCGAGUUCGUAAUAAUGAAAACAAACCAGCAAUCGUAGUUGAUAUCCAAGGCAAUAAUAAGAUGUUUAUUCCUGAAGAGAUAUCCGCGAAGAUAUUACAAAAAAUGAAAGCGACCGCCGAAGCGUAUCUUGGUAAAACAAUCAGAAAGGCUGUUAUCACCGUUCCAGCGUAUUUCAACGAUUCUCAAAGACGGGCCACAAAAGAUGCUGGUACUAUCUGCGGUCUAAAUGUAUUACGUAUUAUUAACGAACCUACUGCCGCUGGUUUCGCUUACGGUUUAGAGAAUAAACGCUCCGGCAAACAAACGGUUUUGAUUUUCGAUCUCGGUGGCGGAACCUUCGACGUAUCUAUUUUAACCAUCCAACAAGGUUUAUUCGAAGUUAUUUCAACCGCCGGCGAUACUCACUUGGGAGGCGAAGAUUUCGACAUCCGAAUGGUUGAGCAUUUUGUUCAAGAAUUUCAACGUAAAUACAGGAGAGAUAUCAGUCAGAACAAGAGAGCUCUUCGUCGCCUGCAAACCCAAUGCGAACUAGCAAAGAGAACUUUAUCAUCAACUACGAUGGCCAAUAUCCAAAUCGAUUCUCUGUGCGAUGGCAUCGACUUUUAUUCUACUAUAUCGCGAGCUCGUUUCGAAGAAUUGAACAUUGAUUUCUUUCAAAAAGCAAUGUCCCUGGUUGAAAAAGCAAUUCAAGAUGCUAAUAUCCAUAAAAGUCAGAUCGAUCAAGUGAUCUUAGUUGGCGGAUCAUCUCGAAUCCCGAAAAUACAAAGGAUGUUGGAAGCUUUGUUCGUGGGAAAGACGUUGAACAAAUCUGUCAAUCCGGAUGAAGCUGUAGCCUACGGAGCCGCCGUUCAAGCUGCCAUACUUAACGGCGACAAAUCGAAUAUCGUGCGGGAUUUAGUGUUGAAAGACGUUACGCCAUUGUCGUUAGGUAUUAGUGUGGGGUAUGACCAUAGAAUGUCAGUGGUCAUCAAACGUAAUACAUCUAUUCCAGCUACAAUAACGGAUGGUUUCACCACGAUAUACGAUUAUCAAACUGAAAUAUGUUUCAAAGUAUUCGAAGGCGAGUAUCCUGAAACGAAGUAUAACCAUUUACUUGGUCAAUUCACACUUGAGGACAUCCCUUCAAGACGUGCCGGUGUAAUAAAUGUCGAUGUGACAUUUGACAUCGAUGCUGAUGGUAUUUUAAACGUAACCGCUGUCGAAUCAUCAACCGGUAAUUCCAAUCAAAUUAGCAUUAAGCGUGAUGAAGGUCGUCUUACUCAACAGCAAAUUAACCGCAUGGUUCAAGACGCUAAAAGAUACCUGUGAACCGUGCUGCUGUGAAAUGCAUACGUUUAAUUUUAAUUUUUGCUUAUCAUAUUUCAAUAUGUAGGACGUAGGUCCCAUAACUUAUUGUUUUGAUUUCAUUUCGUUUUAUAUAUAUUAUAGAUUAGUUGUGAAUUUUUAUAUGUAUUUUUCAGAUCAAGUAUUUUGCUUGAGAGUCAUAAUGUUUGUUAAAUGUGUUAUUUUGUUCCUACUUGCGCGUUGAUUUUUUUCCGCGAGGGUUGUGAAAAUCUUGAAAUUCAUUUUGAAUAGAAAUUAUACAUAUAACUAUGACAC